UUAUAGUCACAUAUUUCAACUCAACUUUCCCAUAACCAAUUCUCACCCACAAAAACAAAUCAUAUUUUCUCUCCUAUCCCUCAAACCAUGGAUGAUUUCACCAACGGUGGAGAUAGUCUCAGAGACGCCUCUUUCUCUUAUCUCAGAUCAGAACAAAGCCUGACCCAGAAAAGUACUAGUAGUACUACUACUCGCUCUUCCUUUGGCCUAGAUAGAAAAAUCAAAUCUCAUCAUCAUCAAGAUCAAGGUGAGAUAAGCGUGUUUGGUGCAGAAAAAUACUUCAAUAUGUUGAUGAAUCAAGAAGAUGAAGGAAAAUUACAUCCUGAUCACCAUCAUCAUCUCGGCGGCGGUGGCGGCGGCGGCGGCGGAGGCGGCGGGGACGGAGAGAAAAGCGUAAUUAACCGGGCGCCGGGGACGCCAAGCGCCUGCUCGGAGAUGAGCUGGAACAGCAGAAGUACAGCUUUGUUGUUAAGGGCUAGUAGUAGUACUAAUAAUAUUAGUUCCGUGGCGAGAAACCCUUCUCGGAAUAGAUCGAAAACGAGGCUCAUUUUCGCUACUCUUGGCUGCGCCGGGUCUUGUUCCGACGAGAAAUCGGUUUAUGUGACCAAGCAAGAAUCUCAAGGAAGAUCAGAAGGUGGAGAAAAUAAUCAUCAUCAUGAUGUUGUUGUCAGGGAAAAAGUUAACGAAACCAGUAAACUUUCCCAGCAACCAAACAGAAAAUUAGUUGAUCAUGAUGGUGGUGGUGAUAAGGAUCAUCAACAUAGUUUUCGCUACUCGGCGAGGACGGCGAAGAGAUCUGAAGAUCAUUGCGCUUUUCCUAUUCUUAGUACCACUACAGAAGAAAAUAAGAAGACUAGUAGUAGUACUACUAGUGAUCAUCAUCAUCAUCAUCAUCGUUAUCUACAACAACAAAAAGAUUUCCAAGAACCUCCGAGGAUGUCUUUGGAGGUUUUCGGGUCCAAAACGACGAAGGCUGCCGCGGCGGCCGACGAUGUGGCGAUCAACCUGGAGAGGAAGCUGUCGGUCCUAACUUGGGACGCGAUUCCGACGAAACCUCAGAAGAAGGUUCCGCCCAAGGCCGGGACCGGUCGACCGGUGAGCCAUGAUCAGGACAUCGACAGCGACGCCAGCUCGGAUCUGUUCGAGAUCGAGAACAUAACCGUGGGGAGUACCGCCACUAGAUCGCUAUGCGCGACGCCGAACAACAACCCCGGGGUGUACGCGCCGAGCGAGGCUAGUAUCGAGUGGAGCGUCGUCACGGCCAGCGCUAUGGAUCUCGGCUCAAUCAUCUCUGACUACGACGAAAAGAAGAUUUCUGCGAGUAGUAGAAGAUAUAAGGCGUCCAAAAGUGGUGGUGGGAUAUUGGGGUGUAAGAGCCAGAAGUCAGUGAGAGUUGCUGAGUCUACUUGUAGAAGUAGUACUACUAGCAAGGAGAUUACAAAAUCGUCAAACGUUUGAUAUAUCAUGAUGUAUGUAUAUAUUCUGCAAUAAAAUCGUCUUUUCACGACGCUUUUUUCUUUCUCAAGUCAGAAUAAGAGUUUUCUCCUAGCUCAGUACACUUUGCUCUGGUUGGUCAAAGGUUUUGAUUAUGGUAUGUACAAUAUUAUCUUUUUCAUGCUAUAGAAGAUUGUAGUACUACUCUAGUGUUUGCUUGUUGCACUAUACUUUUGCACAACAUUCAUUUUACUGUCUCUUGCUGUACACAAGUAUUAUUGCAUGUCAA